CGGCGACUCUCCCACCCUGCGGAGCGGGGGGUGGAUAUCUCCCCGCCGCCGCCUGAGGAAUGUCAACUAUUCAACAUGGAGACGGCGGUUACCAAGCUUGAGGCCAUGUUCCAGAAGGCAGAAUCUGAUCUGGAUUAUAUUCAACACAGAAUGGAGUAUGAAAUAAGAAAAAGUCUUCCUGAUGAUUCAGCAGCAGAGGAGAAUCCAGUUGCUGUCUUGGAAGAACUCGCAGUGGUGAAAUCUCGUUAUAAAAUGUUAUGUAUGAAGCUGGACAAGAUUUCCACGGAGCAGCAAGAAUCCAUGGCAGCAAUCCGUGCUGCUGUAGAGAACACCAUGAAGAUGGUUCAGGCAUUGCAGCAACAUGCUUAUCUUGAGCCAACUGUUUUUUCUCAGAGUCUACAGUUCAUGGCUCAACUAAAGAGCAGCACUGAGCAUUUGGCAGAUGAACACACUUCGAGAACACAAAUCUUGAAAGAAUUUGCUGUUGUGGAACUCGACAAGCCAGGAAAUGUUGAAUUGGUGGUGUAAAUGAAAGCUCAGACCCUUCUCAUUUGGCACACAAGCAUCUUGGUCAUGGCUUCUGGAUUACUAACAGCAAGGAUUUCUGUGGUCUCUGUGACUUCCAAGUGCCCUGCUGGAAAGCUGUUAAUGCUUCCCUGCACACCUUCUAUUUAUAAAACUUAAAAUGUGAGCGUUAAAAAACAUUCAGGUUGGUGUUUUAGGUAUUUAUAGGACUGCCAUUGAUGCACUUUUGCAGAGUGUUGUUAGCCACGUGACAUUUCCUUAUUCUUGCUUACAUUCCUGAGUGCGUUUUUAAGACAUAAGCCAAGCCACUUAAUUGUCCUUACAUUCCUCAAUAAAUGAUGAAGGCUAAGGA